AUGUAUCCGAAACUUGUUGCCCUCGACACGGAUAUUAUCACUGACAUCUUGGAGCACGGGGCUAUACUCGCCAUUGUGGCUCGAAGCACAAGCAAACCUUUGUAUGACAGAGCACUGCACCACUUCACCGCCGUGGAUCCUAAGUCGGGACAGCACCGCUCUAUAAUCGAUAUGGUCAAAUAUGAUGAGAUCUAUGAAGAGCAGAAGAUUGUUCACUUUCGCAAGAUCAAGGAGUGGUCAAAACUUGACUACUCGGAUAUGAUUUUAUUCGAUGACGAUGCUGCCAACAACAUCGUGCGGGUAAUCUUGGGCGUGACCUUCCACUUGUGUCCGGAUAAGCGAGGCUUAACAGAAGAGACAUACAAGCGAGGCAUUGAUCACUGGCGGCGCUGCCACCAGAUCAGAAGUCCGUAUCUAGGUCAGAAGCUGACACAAUAUCCCAAAAAGAUGAUGAUUGGCUAUUCGGGGAUGGACGAGGACACAAUUAAGCUUCUGACGCAAGGAAAGAACAGAGUUGAUAUGGAGGAGUCAGCCAGAUGGGGUUAUGCAUCUUAUAUAACAGAUAAUCCCGCCGUAGCCCAGUAUUUUCGGCAAUGGAUCAAGAAGGACGCGUUCAAGCAUAGCCAGACAUAUGUUUGUGAGCUGUGGGUCAGGGAUAUGGAUCUAUUCAUAGCAACCAACAAGAUAUGGGUUCCCGAAUCCCAACUGAAGCACACAGGCGUCAAAAGUCAUAACCAACGCGCAAUAGCCCGCACGCAAGAAAGCCGUGAUCAAACGGUAGCGAGUCAGUGGGGUGUUCAGACGCCAUACAUACUAUUCUCUCGUCAUUUUCAAAUGGGUGGCAUGCAUCUUCCUGAUGGGGAAAAAAGGUUCAACGAGAUGGUGGUAUAUACUCAAGUCCAGGACGCCCUCCUUCUAACCAUACCGCUGAGCGAAGAGCAACUACAGCAGAGACUUAAUGGUCGGUAUUCUCGCUAUGAAAACCGGAUCAAAGAAUGGAACAUAGUGCUUCCUAAAGCUACAGUGAAGGAGUCUGCCCACAAAGACCGCCCCCCGCAGCAUCAGUUACGGGACACAUGA